GCAGUAACUGUUAGCGGAAAACGUGGAAGGACAAAAAGCUAAUAAAAUCGUCAGGACAUGAGGUCGAACACCACCUGGUUGUAGCAGUGAAGAAAUAUUCAAUAUUUUUGAAGAAAUUGGCGAAGAUUACGAACAGGAAGUGCAACGUUUAGAAGAAAAUGAGCGAGCGACCCUUAAACGCUUGUUUCAGCCCAAGCUAUCAGAUGCACGUGGUCCCUGAAGAUGCUCAGGAGAUGCUAGUGAUUAAAGAGGAAGCUCCUGAACAGCAGAGUGCUCAGGAGUUGAUGAUGAUUAAAGAAGAAGCUCCUGAAGAGCAGAGUUCUCAUGUGGACCAGCUGGACCCACUGCACCUCACCAUAAAGGAGGAAGAGGAGGAUCUGUGGACCGGUCUGGAGGGGGAGCAGCUCAAUGCGAAGAAUGAGACUGAUGCCACCAGGUUUCCCUUCACUCCAGUUACUAUAAAGAAUGAGGAUGAGGAAGAGCAACCGGUGCCCUCGCAGCUUCAUCAGCACCAAGUUGAUGUUCAAGAAUUUCCAACCAUCAGCUCAGAUGAUCAGAUGGAGGCAGUAACUGAUGGAGAAGACUGUGAAGGACCGUAUAUAAACUGGGGUCCAGAUCUUAAGACUUAUGAAGAGGAUUCCAACUCUUCGUGGACUGAUGAUGACAGUGUGGAUGAUGAAGAGGAAGAGGAUGGAAUCAAUCCAGACUCUCAGCUGAAACACUUGUCAGACUCUGGAUCAAAAUCUGACGAUAAUGACAAAGACUGGAAGGAGAGCUGGGCUUCUGAGUCUGGUGUAAACACUUUUAGCUGCUCUGAGUGUGGUGAACAAUUUACCCACAGCCAGUCCCUUCAGAGACACAUGACCUGCCAUUCACAACGAAAGUGA